AUGGCCACAAAUGGCUUCUCUGCAGGUAUAGAAUCUGCCGACAUCGACAAACUGCCGUCUGCACCCGCUAAUCCUCAAAACAUCAAUGCCUUCCAUGACCUCGACCUCAAUACUCUUUCCGCCGCAACUCAAGCAAUCCACGCGGAUGACCCUCUAAACAUCCUUGACGAUGUCGCCCCAGCCAUCCAUGUUAGUACCACCUUCCGUUAUGAUAACGACCCUGCCCACCUCUUUCCCACCCACGAGCGCGAUGCCUCCAAGGAUGAUCCGACAAAGCAUGUCUACUCGCGACACACCACUCAUAGCACCACCCGACUGGAAGCGAUCUUGACAGUCUUGCUCAAAAACCCCAGUCUGACAUAUUCAUCGGGCCUUGCCGCCUUCAAUGCCUUGAUAACCUUUCUGAACCCUAAGCGGGUGGCCAUCACCGCAGGUUAUCACGGUUGCCAUGGAGUGUUGAGGCUGCAUGAAAGAUUGUCUGGGCUGAAGGUGGUUCCGUUAGAUGUCAAUCCCGAUGAAAUCCAGAAGGGUGAUCUAGUCCAUAUCGAGACACCUAUCAAUCCCACUGGGUUGGCCUUCAAUAUCCAACAUUAUGCCGACAUUGCACACUCCAGAGGAGCAUAUCUCAGCGUCGAUGCAACCUUUGGCCCGCCUCCCCUGCAAGAUCCUUUCAAACACGGUGCGGAUAUUGUUAUGCAUUCGGGAACGAAAUAUAUUGGCGGGCACUCUGAUCUGCUUUGUGGCAUUUUGUCGGUGAAAGAAAGAGCGUGGAUACCGCAGUUGGUGGCUGAUCGUUUGUUCCUUGGAUCCGUGAUGGGCGGUCUGGAAGGCUGGUUAGGUGUGAGAAGUCUGCGGACGCUUGAACUUCGGGUUAUGAAGCAAAGCGAAAAUGCGCGAAGGAUAGUAGAUGCAUUGGAUGGUGCGUUGACAGGCCACACGGUUGGUACGGGACUCUCACAGUCCGAUACCGAUAUCAUUCGGUCAGUCCUCAAGAAAGUCUAUCAUGCUAGUCUGCAGACUCAGGACUACAAGACCUGGCUGAAGAAACAGAUGCCCAAUGGCUACGGACCAGUCUUUUCAAUCACCAUGAAGUCUCCAGAACUCGCAAAGAGAUUGCCAAGCAAAUUGAACCUGUUUCAUCAUGCCACAAGCUUGGGUGGAGUCGAGAGCUUGAUUGAGUGGCGUACCAUGACAGAUGACACAGUGGACAAGGAUCUUUUGCGUAUCAGCAUUGGCAUUGAGGAUGAUAGAGAUCUGCUUGACGACCUCAUACAGGCUUUCAAAGCAUUGUCGGCAGAGGGCAUCUCCUGA